UUUGGAUUGUUAUCUUACACAUACUGCCAAUGAGUCAACAUCGGAAUUACUUCCACAUUCGUGAGAAUUUCAUGUAAUUGAUUUGGUCAUUAUUUCUCUGACACAACGACAGGUGCAAAAGGCUCAACCACUUGCAAAUCAAGAAUCUUCUUAGCACUGCAGUUUUUGAAGCAGGAUUUUUCGAGAAUUCGCAUUUCAGUGUCUCGAGCACACCUGGCACCAUGUCGUUCAGGAAGAAGAAUGUCGUCUUGGGACCAUCCGCCAGAGGCCCUUUGAGAGAAUCCAUAGCUCCGAAGCAGGAGGCUCUACCACCGGCGGGAACUCGUUCAUCACCCCUUGACGGCCGUCUUACAACCUCCACCGGAACGGCAUCACUGGACCAGCUGCUGGCAGGACAUGCAGGGCUACCGCUUGGCUACAGUAUUCUGAUAGAGGAGUCCGGAACGACAGACUUCUCGGGCGUGCUCCUCAGAUAUUAUGCCGCCGAGGGCCUCGUGCAGGGCCAACAAGUACACGUACUUGGCCCAACGGAUGCGUGGAGAGGAGAGCUUCCAGGACUUGGCAAAGCCAGUGGCUCAAGUAAGAAGAAAACGGCGUCGGCGUCAGAAGAGAAGAUGAAAAUCGCAUGGAGAUAUGAGAGCCUUGGCAACAAUGCCGGGACGAACAAUAAUAGUCCAACAGGGGCUGCUGAAGUUUUCUGUCACUCCUUUGACCUUGGAAAACGCCUCCAGCCUAGUGAAAUCAAGGGCGAACUGCAUGCAACCCCAUCAACUGCUGCCAUGACCUGGCUCCAACCAUCGGGACCCGGCAACUCUUCCCCUUUAGACACAUUUAUCAGCAACGUCUCAGCAAAGCUGAAGGCAACGCCGCCCGGUACUGUUCAUCGUAUUGUAGUGCCGAGCCUUCUGUCGCCCGCACUCUACGGUUCCUCGGUCUGCCGGCCGGCGGAUGCCCUGCAGUUUUUGCACAAACUGAGAGCACUGCUGCGCCAGCACGAAGGGAUUCUGACGGCCAUGAUCUCACUUUCUACCUCGCUAUUCCCGCGGUCGACAGGGUUUACACGAUGGAUGGAGUUAUUGUGUGAUGGUGUGCUGGAGAUGCUGCCCCUUCCGAGAAAAGUGCACGUCGAGCCGAAUACCAAGUCAGAAGACGUCGUGCAAGGUAUGCUCAAGGUGCAUAGCCUCCCUGUAUACCACGAGAGGGGAGGAGGAAUAGAGGGCCAGUCUUCGCGGGAAGACCUUUCCUUUAGAAUGAGCAGCUCAAGUGGGCUCAUUGUGAAGCCUUAUGUUCUCCCGCCUUUGUUGGACGAAGGGGAUGGGGGCCACGGAGCCAAGGCAGAGGGGAAGAAGGGGGAGAAGCUAGACUUUUGA